UGCCUGUGCUGGGUGGAGGCUGGGUUAAGGUUAGGAGGGAACCAGGAGCUCAGAAGCAUGUCGGGGAAGCCCAGGCUUACCUACUGUAAUGGAAGGGGGCGAAUGGAGUCUGUCCGAUGGCUGUUGGCAGCAGCCGGUGUGGAGUUUGAAGAAAAUUUUUUGGAAACAGAAGAGCAGUAUAAAAAGUUAAUCAAAGAUGGAGUCCUGAUGUUCCAGCAAGUGCCCCUGGUUGAGAUCGAUGGGAUGAAGAUGGUGCAGACCAGAGCCAUCCUCAGCUACAUAGCAGGGAAAUACAACCUCUAUGGGAAAGACUUGAAGGAGAGAGCCCUGAUUGACAUGUAUGUGGAAGGAAUAACAGACCUGAUGAAAAUGAUUUUGAUGUUUCCUUUCUCUCCGCCUGAGGCAAAGGAGAAAAAUCUUGACUCAAUUAAGGAGAGGGCAACUAACAGGUACUUCCCAGUCUUUGAAAAGGUUCUGAAACAACAUGGCCAAGACUUUCUCGUGGGCAACAAAUUCAGCUGGGCAGAUGUUCAGCUAAUUGAAGCCAUUUUAGCAGUGGAGGACAACAUACCUGCUGUGCUGUCAGGGUUUCCCCAGUUGCAGGCUUUUAAAAUAAGAAUGAGCAAUAUGCCUACAAUUAAGAAGUUUCUGCAGCCUGGCAGCCCAAGGAAACCUCCACCAGAUGAAUGUUAUGUAGAAACAGUGUUGAAGAUUUUUAAGAUAUGAAUGUCUUGCUACCUUCAGUGAGACCAAAAUACUGGACUACUGGACACCCCCCCCCCCCCCAAAUCAAACCCCAAAAAGCCAAAACAAACCACCAAAAAACCAAGCCCCAAACUCUUAAAGGAAGUAGGAAAUUAGUAUUGUUGUAGUUAAAACCAAUGGUAAAAAACAAAAACAAAACAAAAGCAAAAA